AUGCAGUCUGAAAGGAAGAAAAAUCUGAAAUACGCUUAUUUUCAACAUGGCGAUGACGGAGAAUCUUACAAAGGAAAGGAAGGAGGAAAUUCCAGUGAAACUAGAGGAAAACGAGAGAGCGAGAUAGCGAACUCGCACAAUGUUGACAGUUUAAGCAUGCUGAUAUUUACAAAUUUGUUAAUUUUUACAGUGCUCAUGACGUGGUUGUUUAAAAUACGCCGCUUUCGUUGCUUUCAUGAGACAGGUGUUGCAACAGUGUUUGGAAUAGUUGUUGGGGCUUUUAUAAAAUACUACAGAUUUCAUGACAUUCAAGAUAAUUCGAUAACGGUCGAAAACUGCAGUCAUUUGACAAUUGCACCUGAAAUCCUUAAGGUAAAUAUCAACGGUACUUUAUAUUCUUAUGGUUUCAAGGGAAUCAUCUAUGAAGAUAAGGAAGCGCAGGAGAGCGAACUGGAAGUACGUUCUACAUUCAAUCCGGAGAUUUUCUUUCACGUUCUCCUACCACCCAUCAUAUUUUCGGCCGGCUACAACAUGAAAAAACGGUAUUUCUUUCGUAACCUAGGUGCUAUUCUAACGUACGCUUUCAUUGGCACCAUCAUAUCAACUUUCUGUACAGGAGCCAUAGUCUACGGGUACAAUGUUUACAUGGAUGUACCGGAAUCGUUCGACUUUACGGAAUGUCUCCUCUUUGGCUCGUUGAUAUCUGCUACAGACCCAAUUACGGUAUUGGCAAUUCUCACCGAUCUCAGAGUCGAUGUGGACCUGUAUGCGUUAAUCUUUGGAGAAAGCAUCUUCAAUGAUGCGGUGUCAAUUGUGCUAUAUAGUGCCGUAGAGAAUUACCUCGCAUACCAACCGAUGGCAAAACGUGAGUUCGAUCUUUCUUCCUUUUUAUGGGCGCUCGGUAGUUUCUUUUUUAUCUUUUUCGGUUCUUUGUUCAUCGGUACUAGCGUCGCAUGCACAAAUGCAUUGAUAACUAAGCUCACAAAAAUCAACCAUUUUCCCAUAUUGGAAACUGCGUUGUUCUUCGUCAUGUCGUACACGAGUUUCCUUGCAGCAGAAGUGGCAAACCUUUCCGGGAUUGUUGCGCUACUGUUUUGUGGUGUUACACAACAACACUACACGUAUAAGAAUCUAUCAGAACACUCGAGAACACGGACCAUCGAAACGUUUGACCUACUAAACUUCCUAUCAGAAAAUUUUAUAUUCUCCUACAUAGGGUUGUCGCUAUUCACGUUCACCGUGCAUAUAUGGGAUUUUCGCUUCAUUGCAUGGUCGUUUCUGGCCAUUACGGUGGGUCGCAUACUUAACAUAUACCCGUUGACUUUUCUAAAUCUGGGAUGCUCCCGAAAAAUUUCCUGGAAUUUUCAACACAUGAUGAUGUUUUCGGGUCUACGUGGUGCAAUCGCAUUUGCCCUAGCCGUGCGGAACACUGUCUCUAUACCUCGGCAAAUGAUGCUCACGGCGACUUUGUCAAUAGUUCUUGUAUCGGUGAUAGCGAUAGGAGGGGCAACAGCUCCGGUACUAAAAGUCUUAAAUAUACAAACCGGAGCGGAUGAAGAAAUGGAGGAGAUAAAAGCUCGAAGAUUAAGCUUGAUCGACAUAAAUGAUCCAAAGUUAAGCACACCAGAGGAAAGGCAACAGAAAAAACAAUAUGAGAGCGCGUGGUUUGUGCGCGUCUGGUGUAACUUGGAUGACAAAUAUUUAAAACCGAUUUUCACAGAAGAACAAUAAUCCUGGAUUCAAUAAUGUUUAGAUAAAGGUAUUAUUAUAUGAAAAGAGAUUAAUUUGUACUUCAUUAUUGCAAAAUUAAAUUAAAGAAUGUUUUUCGACAAACCAAAA